GCUUCAUCGCAAGUCAGGACGCUGCGGCUGUCUCUGCGCAUCUCCGAGCUCUGACCGCACACCGGACUCUCCGGAUAACACGCACAUCAGUCCGCUAUUACGCGUCACUGUCACAGUCACCGCUGCAGAGGGAGGCCUGCACGCCCAAGCGAGAGCUCUUUUCCGGGAUACAGCGCUGCGGUUGAUCCGGUGACUAUGGUGCAGCAGAGGAGACAUAUUGGGCUCGGAUGAAGGACGCGUUGCGCAUUGGAUAAACCGGAAACAUCCUGAACUACCCUGUGUAUUGGCCAGGGAGGCGGUGUUAACAGUGCCAGCAGCCAUGAUGGAUGCAGCGGAGUGCGGGGUGAGGGUGAUGUGCCGCUUCAGGCCCCUCAACGAGUCCGAGAUCAACCGAGGGGACAAAUACAUCCCCAAAUUCAAAGAGGAGGACACAGUGGUCAUUACGGGUAAACCGUACGUGUUUGACCGCGUCCUGCCUCCCAACACGGCGCAGGAACAAGUGUACGGCCAGUGUGCCAAGCAGAUAGUUAAAGAUGUGCUGGGCGGGUACAACGGGACCAUCUUCGCCUACGGUCAGACGUCCUCCGGGAAGACACACACCAUGGAGGGCAAACUGCACGACCCCCAGCUGAUGGGGAUCAUCCCUCGCAUCGCCAACGACAUUUUUGAGCACAUCUACUCCAUGGACGAGAACCUGGAGUUUCAUAUUAAGGUUUCUUAUUUUGAAAUCUACAUGGACAAGAUCAGAGACCUGCUGGAUGUGUCCAAGACGAACCUCUCUGUGCAUGAAGACAAAAACAAAGUGCCCUAUGUCAAGGGUUGUACUGAGCGCUUUGUGUCCAGUCCAGAGGAGGUGAUGGACGUCAUCGACGAGGGCAAAAGCAACCGCCACGUGGCCGUGACUAACAUGAAUGAGCACAGCUCCCGCAGCCACAGCAUCUUCCUCAUCAACAUCAAGCAGGAGAACAUGGAGACGGAGAAGAAGCUGUCGGGGAAGCUGUACCUGGUGGACCUGGCUGGCAGCGAGAAGGUCAGUAAGACGGGAGCAGAGGGCGCCGUGCUGGACGAGGCCAAGAACAUCAACAAGUCUCUGUCAGCGCUGGGAAACGUGAUCUCAGCUCUCGCCGAGGCAACAAAAACCCACGUGCCGUACAGGGACAGUAAGAUGACCCGCAUCCUGCAGGACUCUCUGGGGGGGAACUGCCGGACCACCAUCAUCAUCUGCUGCUCGCCCUCCGUCUACAACGAGUGUGAGACCAAGUCCACGCUCAUGUUCGGACAGAGAGCCAAGACCAUCAAGAACACGGUGUCUGUGAACCUGGAGCUGACGGCUGAGGAGUGGAAGAAGAAAUACGAGCGGGAGAAGGAGAAGAACAAGAACCUGAAAACCAUCAUCCAGAGGCUGGAGGCCGAGCUCAACCGCUGGAGGAACGGUGAGCGAAAAGCUGCAGAUUCAAGAAUAAAAACUAAAUUCAUUGUUUUAGAAAAGUGUUAG